AAAAUGUAAUAACACCACAAGGAGCUCGCCUUCAUAUUCCAGACAGAAGGUGGUGUGAAACUGUAGAUUCUCUCUCUGAAACGGUGCUUUUCGUGUAUCCUUCAGAGAUUCCUUGUUGCAGUUAGUCCCCAAAGCGGAGUAAUAUUUUGUUAGUAUUUACAGUGUGGUUGUUGCAUGCUUUCUUGAUAUACAAGAUCGCAUGUGUAGUUGAUUAUUUCAAGCAGCGAAAAUUGUCUUCUACGGUGAUCAACCGUUUUCGCAUUCGGCACUGUGAGGUCUUCUGUUGGGCCCUGAUGAUUGGGGCUUGAAGGCUUCUGUUCUGAAUUCCCAUUGGACUGAUGGAAUGUCCAUCUUACUAAAACAAGUGAAAACGGAGACUUCAGUGGUCACUUCCAGUGGAACGACGGAUCAAAGGCAAAAGGCUGAACUCUGAAAGCUGGAACUGAAGAUUGCUUUAAACAAGCAAGUCCUUGAAGAAGGCGUUCUCGAGUCAUGAUGCAAGAGUCGGGGGCGGAGGCCACGAGUAACGGCUCCGUCUGUCAGAACGGAGCGAGUGCGGAGGUCAGCGCGAGGGACCCCAGGCCCAAGAGCGAGACCCCUUCUGUGGACAUCACGGCGGCUGACCUCGCCCAUUUCCAGCAACACCAGGCUUUACAAGUUGCACGACAGAUACUACUUCAGCAGCAGCAGCAGCAGCAGCAACAACAACAACAGCAACUGCAGAGUAGCUCUCUCAAGUCUCCCAAGACCAAUGAGAAGCCAGCAGGCCUACAGGUCCCAGUUUCAGUGGCUAUGAUGACACCACAGGUGAUAACUCCACAGCAGAUGCAGCAGAUUCUCCAGCAGCAGGUCCUGAGCCCUCAGCAGCUCCAGGUUCUUCUUCAGCAGCAACAGGCCCUCAUGUUACAGCAGCAGCAACUUCAAGAGUUUUACAAAAAACAACAGGAACAGCUACACCUUCAACUCCUCCAGCAGCAGCAUGCAGGGAAACAGAGUAAAGAGCCUCAGGUCUCCCAGCAGUUGGUCUUCCAGCAGCAGCUCCUGCAGGUCCAGCAGCUCCAGCAGCAGCACCUGCUCAACCUGCAGAGACAGGGCCUGCUGUCCAUCCAGCCUGGGCAGAGCGCCUUGCCCCUGCACUCUCUCACUCAGGGCAUGAUUCCAGCGGAACUUCAGCAGCUGUGGAAGGAGGUGACGAACGCUCCCGUAAAGGAGGAGAACAGCGGCAACAGCCACGGCAGCCUGGACCUGUCUUCGCCCUCCGCCCCGAAAAACCCGCACCUCAACCACCACGCGUCCACCAACGGCCAGUACAUGGGCCCGUCGCUGAAGAGAGAGAUCUCCACGCUGGAUGACCACCCCCACCCCCACCCUCACCCGCACCCGCACCCCCACUCCCACCCCCACCACAGUCACCCGCUCUACGGACAUGGGGUGUGCAAGUGGCCCGGGUGCGAGGCUGUGUUUGACGACUUUCAAUCAUUCCUCAAGCAUCUUAAUAACGAGCAUGCGUUGGACGACAGGAGUACGGCGCAGUGUCGAGUACAGAUGCAGGUCGUUCAGCAGCUAGAACUGCAGCUAGCAAAAGACAAAGAACGUCUGCAAGCUAUGAUGACUCAUCUACAUGUCAAAUCCACUGAGCCCAAACCAGCCCCACAGCCACUGAACCUGGUGUCGAACGUGACCCUCUCCAAAACGGCCCCCGAGGCCUCCCCUCAGAGUUUACCUCACACUCCCACCACACCCACCACGCCCCUCACCCCCCUGUCCCAGGGCCCCUCGGUCAUUACCCCCAACAACCUGCACAGUGUGGGACCAAUCCGCAGACGCUACUCAGAGAAGUACAACAUCCCCAUCUCCCCAGACAUUGUUCAGAACAAAGAGUUUUACAUGAACGCUGAAGUAAGACCCCCCUUUACGUAUGCCUCACUAAUAAGGCAGGCCAUUCUUGAAUCGCCAGAAAAGCAGCUAACACUAAAUGAAAUCUACAACUGGUUCACGCGAAUGUUCGCAUAUUUCAGGCGCAAUGCUGCAACAUGGAAGGGUGCCGUUCGCACCAACCUUUCGCUGCAUAAGUGCUUUGUGAGAGUAGAGGAUGAGUUUGGGUCCUACUGGACCGUUGAUGACGAGGAGUUUAAGCACGGCCGCCACGUACAGAGGGGCCGGCCGCGGAAACAAGGCAUGGAGGAGAACUCUGACGAGCUCCUCGUACAAAGCCCUGCCCUGGUGAAGAACAUACAGACCAGUCUGGGCUAUGGUCCAAGUCUCUCUGCUGCCUUCCAGGCUUCGAUGGCGGAAAAUAACAUACCUCUAUACACUACUGCUUCCAUGGGAAGUCCCACUCUCAACUCCCUGGCGAGCGUCUUUCGAGAGGAGAUGAACGGGGCGAUGGACCAUGGGAACAGUAACGGCAGCGACAGCAGUCCCGGGCGAUCCCCUUUGCCAGCUAUGCAUCAUAUCAACGUUAAAGAGGAACCACUGGACCCUGAGGACCACGAAGGUCCGCUUUCCCUCGUGACGACAGCCAACCACAGCCCAGACUUCGACCACAACCGAGAUUACGAGGACGACCAGGGGAACGAUGACAUACAAUAGGCUUGUCCAAGGUCCCCAACCCCCCCGUCCCCCCUCCCCAAGCACCACCACCCCCCGUCCCCCCCCGUCCCCCAGAGACAGAACUAACUCGGAUCAUCUGUGUCUUUCCACAGAUAAAAUUGAUUAUUAAAUAAAUAAAGGCUGGGAUCUCAGUCUUCUUGUUGACAGCUAUAAAAUGUUUCAAUUGACUUUUAGUGCCAUUAAAUACAAAACAUGAGGAAAAAAAAGAAAACGAUAUCCCAUUUGGGAGUAUUUUUGAGUUGUUUCUACUUUUUGUUUAAGAGAAAAAAAAACAGAAAAAAAGAAUAAUUUUUACUCGACGCGUGUUGGAUGGACCUGUUUGGUACUUGGGACUGGUUGAGGUGGUGGGCGUGUCCCUGGAGGCGGGCAGGCGCGCAGGACGCAGCGCGAUUGGACUGCGGGCGUGUCACUCUCCCACUGAGCCACGCCCACUGGGCGCGGACCGCAGGGCACAGACACACCCUCUCGGAGUCGGACGGGUCAUGUGACUUACGCGGCGUGUGGAAUCGCUUCAUCAUCACUGCCUUCAGCCUGCACCGGUUUGCUUCCAUUUUGGGAAAGGGCGCUUCGUGUUCGCAGAAGGGUCGGGGCUUGGGGGGUGGUCAAUAUUAAGUAUGUGUCUUUGUUGCUGUUCGCAUUCAUUUUGUUUUUGUUUUUUUCUUAAAACUAAAGAGAAACUUCAGCUGACCAAGAACGAUAUGUGGCCAGCGCCUGAUGAAUGUUUGAUUUACUUUUUUUUGUUGUUGUUGUUGUCGUUGUUGUACAUGAAGCAGAAUGUCAAACACCAAGUAUUAUUUUUCUGUCAUUUAUUCCGUGCGCUUCACGACGCCAUUUCACCCGCCCCCGUCUCCCUUCCCCGUCGCCAAACAUGUAGCCUACCCACCAAACUCAUGAAGUCCAGCAGUAAUGCACUACUCACAAUGAAGGCUCCAUGCUACUCACCCAUGAAGUUUUAUUUAAAAUGGGAAUGAAUGACAGAGAAAUCAUGCAGGGAAUAUAAAACUAUUUCAGAAAUGUUAAAAACAUUCACUCUUCACAGCAGUGCAUGUUAGCUGCAACCAAAUCACUGAACCAUUACUUUUACAUUUCACAACCACCGUUAAAUGUCAGGUGCACAGUUAACAUAACUUUAGACCAAUAUUAAUCGUGAUCUUUGGGUAGGACUGUCCUUGUAGGUCAAAUAUGCCUCAUUUCCUCCCCACACAGUCAUUUUAAUGAUUGAGGGGAAAAAAGAUUUUAAGCUUGACGUCGAAAAAGGCUAUCGCAGAAGACUCCAUCAGUUGACAUCAUCACCGUUUUAUUGUGGCAUUGUUUAAUCAUAGAACAUAUGUCAACGUCCUCAGUGAAGAACACAAAUGACACAUUACGUGAAGAUAUUCAGAUGCUACCAUUAAAAAUGGAGGAGCCAACAUCUAAAUCUAGUCUGAAGGCCUGACUAGUCAGCAUUCCACUGUUGAGAAACUCAUAGCAGCCACACACCUGUCCCACACCGUUCUGGAGACAGAUCUGUGUACGUCCAAGAGCCAGCGUCAGCAGAACGGAGAAACAUUCGAGUGUUAGCGCAGUCCUGCUCCUUCCUCCAGACGCAGAUUGUAACUUAUAGCACGAUAGCGGAGAGGUCGGCACAUAAAGGGUUCCAGACCAGUUCGGACAUCAAUAACGGGUGCGAGAACUCGCCGCUGAAAAGAUCACGCAGGACUCAUCGAUUUUAUGACUGCAACCAACCACUCUUUUUAUUUAUUGACCUUUUUUGUUUGUUUUGUUUUCCUUUAUUUUUGCUGUUGAGGUCUCCGAUGUUUCUGUUGUCAGUGUGUCAGAUAUAUCUUGUUCCGUGACUACCAAAGAUAAACUACAAAAGUAAACAAUGUUCUCUGUUCCAUGCUUUAGCAGACAAGGCCAAAAAUAUCAUCCUCUCUCCCAAUUGAUGUGAACAGAAUUUUAAGGUGGAGAACUCUGAACUAUGUCUAGCUUAUAGAAACAGAUUCAUUAGAAAUUAAAGCUCCUCAAAAAGUUACUGUCGUCGACAUUUAAGCCAAAGGUGUCACAUUUAGAGUAUCUGCAUGUCUUUGCAGUGACCAAAACUCGAGGGGGUAAGGGUGUGGGAUCGGGAAAAAUAUAUGACCAAAUUAGGGAACGGUGACUUUGGGCCAAUGAGAAAAUGGAGCAUUCCGUCGUGAAAUAAACUGUAUAGCAAAAGUUAUGGAUAUAAAUUGCUGAUGAUAGUUAUCAUCACAAUUAUUAUUUGCUAGUUUGACAAGUUUUACAGAGAACAAUGUGAGCAAUUCUAUACUUCAACUGGACCACAUGAUGAUUAAAUGUUUUAUGCUUCUUGUUUUGAAUUUGUAACCUAAAGAUUGUAUGCCACUUUUUUUUUUUUUUUUUUUUUUUUUAAGUCUCCAGCAGGAUUCAUUUGUUCUUCGUUAACCUUGGCAACACUUUAUCAUUGUGUUUAGUUUCUGUCAACUUAUUACUUUUUUAUAUUAAAAAACACUCCUGUCAACUAAUAAGCUGGGUACAAGGUACUUUAUGGCAGUUUCUUUUUUUUAAUUUACCAUGCAUUUAUUAUUAAUAAAAAGGGCAAUCUGUGGUUUAGGAAAAAAUGUAUUUAAUAUCCAGGCAGCUGUGGGAUGGAGCAGUGGUAGUCGUGCUGGGAUCGUGAGAAUGACUCCUGGUCAUCCAAAGCCAGCCUUUUCGCUGGUUAGCUUGGUAUUUAAAAGGGGAAAAAGCUGGUAGAUUAGAACAUUCUCAGCAUGUGUAGCUUGACAUUACUAAAGAUAACAGCAUGAGAAAACUGUUAGUACGCAUACCUCAGUUCAAACCUAUAGGGAAUGAUUAUAAAAUAAAAAAUAAAAAAAAAUAAAAAAACAUUUCACUCAGUUGCACUUAGUCGUAUGUCUUGCAUGUUUAGUCUAAAAAUUGUAGCAAAAAAUAUUUUAAAAAAAAUAAUGAAAAAUACAAAAAAUUGAAAAUUAGAGCUUGUUUAUCUGGAGGGUGUCAUCCUUUUUAGCGAAACCAAUCCAAACCUCAGGCCUUUUUCAUGAAGCGAUCACCCAGCUCUGUUCAGUCAUUUUUCUACUGUCUGUCCAUCUGUUUCCACACAUCCACUGGCUUCUUCCGGGUGGGUUUUUGGGUAGUACAUACAUGUCGCUAUAACCUUGUGGCUUAUCUAUGUCGGAUUCCUUUCUGUUCCUUUCGAUGAUAAAAAAAGUACAUCUGUGUUAUUACGUUUGCUUUAUUGCGACUGCUUUGUAUUUACUAUUAAAAUAGCUAUGGAAAAACUGCUGUAUGUAUUGGAAUAGCAAACUGUGCUGCAAAUGUAUUUUACUUAGUAAUCCUUGCUUUAAAAGUCAUACAUGCAGACGGCUGUGCGAUGG